GUCGGCGACCCCAGAGUUUACCUAUGUGGUACCCGUCGAAGAGCUUCGUUUGCUUCCGUGUUGCUGACAUGCUGUAGUGUAGUUGCUACCGGCGCCAAUCACUGUAGCGCGGGAGCGAGCGGUUGGCGGGAGAGAGAGGAUGGUGAUUACGGCGAGAAGAGGAUGGAGCUAACCGGGUCGAAUGCUAUCGCUUCGUCAUCCUGUUCCCCGCAUCCUCUUCCAGUGGUGGAGUAUGAGGUUUUCUUGAGCUUCAGAGGUCCUGACGUGCGCACGACUUUCGCAGAUUUCCUCUAUAGACUCCUGGAUCGUCCCAAGAUACGGACCUUUCUUGACGAUGAGGAGCUUCGCAAGGGGGAGAUGAUUUCCCUUUCUCUCGUCAAGGCAAUCGGGGAGUCCAGAAUAUACAUCCCGAUCCUUUCCCCAGGUUAUGCAUCUAGCAAAUGGUGCCUCCAGGAGCUAGCUCUGAUGGUGGAACGAUACAAGCAAGAUGAAGGUAGUCACAUCAUAUUGCCCGUUUUCUAUUUGAUGGAGCCUAGAGAUGUGCGACAUUGUAAGGGUUCCUACGAGGAAGCAUUGGAACAACAUAGAUUAAAAUAUGGUGAAGACACCAUUAGGGUCUGGAAGGAUGCACUCGAGGAGGUCGGGCAAAUGACUGGGUGGCGUGUAACCGAAUCAGAUAGACAGGGAGCAGUGGCAGAAAGCGUGUUCUCUGAGGUGUGGUCACACAUAAAGGGGAAUUACACAUUAUUGACGAAUGAGCUGAUUGGAAUCGAUUCUCACGUAAACCAUGUGAUGGAGUUGCUAAAAUCAGAUUUUGAAGGCGGCAUCAAUGUCGUUGGCAUUCAUGGUAUGGGCGGUAUCGGUAAGACCACUAUUGCCAAAGCCGUCUAUAACAAGGUCUUCACACAAUUCAAGCAUCAUUGUUUUCUAGAAGAUGUACGAGAAACACUAUCGUUGAAGAAUGACGGUGUUACAACUCUGCAAAGUAAGAUUAUUUCUAGCAUUCUAAGAGAUGAUCACAUGGUUAGAGAUGCUAGUCAAGGAAUCCACAUUAUAACAAAUAGAGUAUGCCCCCGCAAGGUUCUCAUUGUUCUUGAUAAUGUGGAUGAUCGGUUUGAGUUUGGGCAAAUCUUAGGCGAAGUAAGAAAAUUUUCUCCUGAAAGUAGAUUUAUCAUCACAACAAGAGAUAAAAGGGUGUUGGAGUUGCUUCAAGUAUCUAAGUUGUAUGAACCUAGUGGGAUGAGUCAUGACCACUCCCUUCAACUACUCCGAAGACAUGCUUUUAGAAUGGAUAACCCCCUAGAAGACAAGGCUACUUUGUGCGAAGAGUUUGUAAAAGUUGCUGGGGGACUUCCUUUGGCUCUUGAAGUUAUAGGGUCUCUUUUGUUUCGUAGAGAUAGAAAAUUCUGGGAGGCGAAGUUGAUAGAACUAAAGAGAAUUCCUCCCACCAAGGUGCAAGAGAGAUUGAAAAUAAGCUAUGAUGAGUUGAGUGGUAGUGAAAAACAAAUUUUUCUCGACAUUUCUUGUGUUUUUAUAGGAGAAAAUAAGGAAUUGCCUUUCUAUAUGUGGAGUGAUUGUAAUUUUAAUCCGGAAAGUGGAAUUAGUACUCUUAUUUUGAGGUCCUUGUUAAAGGUGGACGUGGAUAACAAGUUUUGGAUGCAUGACCAUGUACGAGACAUUGGGAGAAUGAUAGUUCGUGAAGAAGAUGAACAACAUCCUUGGAAGCGCACAAGAAUAUGGUCCAACGAGGAUGCUGUAGAUAUGUUAAUCAAUGGAGAGGGAGCCGACCUGGUGGAAGUUCUUAAAGUUGACAUGCGUUAUGAGGAUUUUGAACUCAUGGAGAAGGAAUUUCAGAACUUGUCAAAGUUGAGAUAUCUCGAAUGCACUCUGGAAGGCUGA